AUGGAUUUCGGAUUGUUAGGAUUAUUUCCAAGCAGCGAAGACGGCGAAUCUGUGGAAGCCCGUGGAGAUAGCGACGAAACUGUAGAUCAAGCCAGUGACGUCGAAUCACAGAAUAUAACUGUUGGAGGGGAUGGCGCGUUUGUGAAUCAAGAAACAACGGAUGAGGGCGACGAUGGAACGAUGAGAAUGACAAUGAUGGAAGAGGAGAUUGAUGAUGAGUUUGAUAUGAGCAAUCCGUGUCCAAGAGGGCCGCCGGGACCACCUGGCGAGCCUGGAGAGCCGGGCAAUGACGGGCCGAACGGCACGAAUGGGACUGAUGGGAAUGCGUGGCAUUUAGAUGCCGAAGAUCGGGUUAUAGUUUUGGGUUGUGUGAAAUGUCCACCAGGUCCGAGAGGGACGGAAGGAGAUCCGGGAAGCCCCGGGGAUCGCGGAUCGGCCGGUCAAAAUGGUCCGCCGGGUCUAGAUGGAUACGAGGGUUUUCCGGGCGCUCCUGGAGAGCCAGGAGAUCCUGGAGAAGACGGCGACGAUGGCCAAGACGGCUAUCCUGGCCCGUCCGGCAAUCCAGCGAAAAGAUAUAUAAAUUUUCCUGGGCCCAAAGGAGAAGCUGGACCGCCAGGCGCCCCGGGAGAAAAUGGACAACCUGGCAGCACUCCUGGUCGAGGGCCGCGAGGAAUUGCGGGCGCCUCAGGGGCACCCGGCCGACACGGCAUACCGGGUCCGCCGGGCGAGCCGGGAAAGCCAGGUGAUGCAGGUUUACCAGCCCCAUCGGGUGGUCAAUGCAAAUGCCCUGAACGACGAACCCAUCAGCCGCCUCAUCGAUAUGCCUAUCCAGUUCCACCGCCUCACUAUUAUGCUGAAUAUACAACGACACCUUAUAGGUAUUAUGUACGAGCUGAAUUGCCUUCUUCCUCUUCUUCCAGUUACCAAGAAGACAAAAUAGAUCAAAUGAUGAAUACCUAUUCAGAAGGAGUCGAAACUACAACAGAAGCCAUAUACAGAUAUUUGAUUAAAAAUGGCGAACCAAUUAAUACGGACCCUGUCGGUUCAGAUGAAUACAAAGAAGCGGUGCACAAACCAGCGAUUCCGACCAAAUUUGACACCUCACCCUGA